UCAUUUAUGACGGAUAUCACCCAUACCUUCUAUAAUGCUUGGAAAAUGGUAAUGGGUACUGUAAAAAAUCAGUUGUUUUGUUCCUGGCAUGUAGAUCAUGCUUGGCGUAGUAAUUUAAAUAAAAUUACAAAUCUUGAGAAAAGGAAGAAUGUUUACGAAACACUCAAGCAUUUACAGUACAUUUUAGAUGAAAAUAAAUUUAAAACAGAACUUGAUUUAACAAUUAAAUUGUUAUUUUCAGAACAAGAUACAAAAGGUUUUGGGGAGUAUUUUUUAAAAUAUUAUAGUAAUAACUGUGAACAAUGGGCUUACUGUUUUCGUAAAAAUUGUCAUAUCAAUACUAAUAUGCGUUUAGAGUCCAUGCAUAAACUCAUCAAAUAUCAUUAUUUAGAUAGAAAGAAAACGAAAAGGCUCGAUAAAGGGAUUAAUUCUGUCGUUUCAUACAUUAGAAACAAAAUUAUUGAAUGAAAAAUUACAAAAGGCAAAAAUUCUUGUCAUAUUGUUGAUAUUGACAAACGUCACCAUAAUGCUGAAGAAUCUACUUUUCAUAUAACCACAAAUUCUGAUAACGUAUGGUUGUUAACAUCUGAAGAAUUGACUUAUUUUGUGUCAAAAACUAAAGAUGAACCUUGUUGUAAGUUAUUAUGCAAUUCAUGUAAUAUAUGUGUUCACUCCUAUGCUUGCACUUGUACAGACUUUUUUGUUAAAUCUACGAUUUGUAAGCAUAUUCAUUUUGUUGUUUUAAAUAUAACAAAUACAGAGCUCAACUCAAGUCAGUUAAUAAUUGAAAACAAGGAAAAUGAAGAUUUUGUUGUUAAUCAAGAAGUAUCUAUUCAUUUAAAUACUGUAGGUUCCCUUGCUACUAGUAACUCCCAGAAACUAGGCAAAACUAAAAAGAUUGCUGAACUGAGAGAAAUUUUGAACAAUAUCAGUGAAAGUCUUUCAAUUGCGGAUGAAGAUAAACUGUACUAUGCGGAAAAAAGUCUAAAGGUGCUAUGUAAUUACAUGUGUACAGACACUGCAAAAAAAUCGACAGCUACAUUAGGAGAAGUGGAAAAUAACCUAAAACGAAAAGUAGAUGAAUUGGAAACAGAACUGAUCAGGGAGCCGCCUAAUAAAAAAAUUUGUCAACAAAAAACUUUCUUUCAACAAAGAAAAAUAAAAUCACUCGUAAAGGGUUAUACAAAAAACCAAAUUACAACCAAAACUUAAAUAUUGAAAACCUUUUACAAAAUAAACCUUUUGUGUCUGCAGAUAAAUCUAAUGACCAUAAUUAUACUACCACUCUAUCAUAGUUUCCCCAUUUUUCAAGUUCCCCAAACACCUUACAUAGAUAUUAAAAGGAAUUUUCUUGUAAAUAAAUUAUGUGUAUGUCGUAGCAUUAUGUAAGAUUAUAUAAUAAUUGUAAGAUAAGUUGAAA